AUGACCGAGAAUUAUAUCUUUUUUAAGGUGAAGACUACAGAUCCAAACAAAUAUUGUGUUCAACAAAACAUUGGGAUUUUGUCGCCGCAAUCAACUUGUGAUGUCAUUGUGAGAAUGAAAGCUCAGGAAGAAAUUCCUCAGGACAGGCAAUCCAGAGAUAAGUUUCUAAUUCAGUGUACAGCUGGAAGUCCUGCAGUCCCUGUAAAAAACAUUACUUCAGAAAUGUUUAAUAAAGAAGUACAUUUUGUCGAAGAGUUCGAAUUGGGAGUCGUCUUCGAUUUCCCGUCUCAACCACAAUCAUCAGCUUCUGAGUCGUCAGAAAUACAUUCUUCACCAGAACCAGCACCUUUGCAAGAAGGACCUCUUAAUUAUAUUUCUCAGGUUAUACAAGAGCUGAUUGGGAGUAACCGUGCUAGUUCAGUCAUAACAGGCAUCGCUGGUAGCUUGAUAGGGCUAAUCCUUUGGCAAUUGUUCAUGAAAAUGUUGCCUCAAAUAUGGAGUCUGAGCAUUGUGAUCGGGAUGUUGGCUGUAAAGAUGACACAAUACUUGGUUUCGAACUCGGUUGAAGAGUGGAUUGUCAAGACCCUUGCUGAUUUGAUCAAGCAUUUUAUAGAUACCGUUUUCGGUCGCAGGCCCAAUUCACCUCCGACUCGAGCUUCAUAA